AUGGAUCCUUUUCCUCUUUGGGAAAAAAUCUUCGACCUCUUGGGUUGGAGGGUUGGGAAAGAGAGUAUAAACCUGGUAGUGGUAUUUCAAGGGGCUGAAGAUUUAUUUCUCAAGCAGAGGAAUCUUAAUGAAAUGAUACUACAAAUGAAAAUAGUUGGAGAUGAACUCCAAAAAUGGACUGAGGAAAAUAACAACUUUCUCAAAAAAAUCUAUUCUGCAGAAUAUACAAUACAGGGUUUAUUAAGAGAAAUGACCAAAACAGACUACCUUAUAGAAAAAUUAGACAAUGAGGAUAGAAGUCUGUCUGGAAAUGAAAAACAUCAAAAACUGGAGGUCAAAAAAUGGGAAAUGUUGGGUAUGAAUGCUGAGAAGGAUGGGUUUCAACCAAACCAGCACAACUGGCAAAAGUCAAAUGAUGCUAAACCUCAGGAUCCAGAGCCUCUGCUGCCUGCAUAUUCUUUACUCCUGUCAGAGGAGGACCCUCUUUCUUAUAAACAGGACCAGAUUGAAGAGAAUCUGUCAUACAAACUAAAUUAUUGGAAGAUGAGGAUGUUUCUUCAAGUUAAAGAACUUAUAAUUGAUCACAAAUACUGGAUUGAGAAAAAUGAUAUAAUUGUCCAAAAAAUAAAUGCAACAGAAGAAACAGUAAAAAGUUUAUUAAGUGAAGUGAUUAAAAUGGAAAACCAAAUGAAACAGCUAGAGUCAAAUCAAUGCCAGUACCUUGAAACAGAAGAGGCAGUAAUCAAGCAGGACUUUUAUGAAGACAUGACUGUGAUGAAUAGAGAGCUGGAGAAAUACCAGUUGAAACAACAAGAGGAGUCAGAGGCUGAAAUGAUCAAAAUGAGAGAUAUUAAAGAUUUGGAGUCACUGUCUCCUCAAACACUGUGUUUAGACACAAAAACUUCAUCCUGCUCUACAAAAUGGAAACAUGUACUAUGGAUCUUUGUAUUUUUUUCUGUCUUCACCAUCUUUGGAUUUUCAUAUUACAUAUUUGUUAUUGAUCCUACAUUUAUCUUUGAAACCAUGCUCCCUAGGAUUCUUGGGCGCCAAAGACUGCGGGAACUGAGAGAGCUCAUUGUUCCCUUCUUGUAUUUGGAAGUGGAUGACUUGUUGCCGACUUAAAGAUAAGACAUUAUACC